UAUCUUAAAAUUCUUUGAAAAUUUCUCCUAAAAUCUCAUUAAAGUUAAAAUCGGGUAUUACAUAUGAAGACUUUGCCUUCCGAAAAAUUAAAGGGCGACGACAAACGGAGAUGUGGGCAUCUCUUAAAACAUUUUUUCAAGGUUAAAAUUUAACUUUCAUUUUAUAAAUCGUAGAAUUAACGAUCGGUUAAAACCCCAAUUCUUGUCCUUCUCUUAAACCCUUCCUUCUCCCGUAGCCUCCACUCCCGCCGGAGAAUGCAAUUCGCCGGCAUAUUGUCAAGAUCCAGCGCGCGAUGUAUCGCUGCCGCAUCCCUAUUAGCCAAUCACUUGUUAUUAUCGAAAUCCCUCCGCAGCUCCAUAACCCCUCUUCUAUUUUCUCCAUCGCCACUACAAUCAACCAUCAGCAAUGGAUUUCGGCCGAAAUGGGGCUGCGACCGGGCCUACCACGACGGCAGGCCGAGAGGCCCGUUGUGGAGAGGGAAGAAGCUCAUCGGGAAGGAGGCGCUCUUCGUUAUCUUAGGCAUGAAGCGAUUCAAAGACGAAAACGAAAAGCUCGAUAAAUUCAUCAAGACGCACGUACUCAGGCUUCUCAAAAUGGAUAUGGUUGCCGUUCUUACUGAGCUCGAGCGCCAAGGGGAGGUAUCUCUCGCCGUCAAGAUGUUUAAGGUGAUUAAAAAACAAGUCUGGUACAAACCUGAUGUUUACCUUUAUAAGGAUUUGAUUGUUGCAUUGGCUAGACGGAAAAAGAUGGAUGAUGCAAUGGAUUUGUGGCAAAGUAUGAGACAGGAAGAUCUAUUUCCCGACUCUCAAACUUACACGGAAGUUAUUCGUGGUUUCUUACAGUAUGGUUCUCCUGCCGACGCCAUGAAUAUCUAUGAGGAUAUGAAAAAGUCUCCAGAUCUUCCCGAGCAAUUGCCAUUUAGGAUAUUAUUGAAGGGGCUACUUCCGCAUCCCUUGUUGAGGAACAAGGUCAAGCAAGAUUUUGAGGAAAUUUUUCCUGAUCAACGUGUUUAUGAUCCUCCUGAGGAGAUUUUUGGAUUACGAUGAGGAAUUUGGAGUGCUCUAUUCUGCUGCUGGAAGUUGAACCUGCUUGAAUCCGACCAAGUUGUCCUCAGUUGUGCAUAUUGGAGUCGAACCUACUCCUAAUCCAUUACAUUAUGCGAACAAGAAGAAUCUUUGCUCCUCGAAUGAAUGAGUGGAUCCAGGUGUUGCCUUUACAAUAUUUUCGCCUGUGUAUUUAUUUAGGCAACAUCGUGAAUUGCCAACUUCUUUCUGCUACAGUAUAGAGGGGCGACCCAAAUCGAGACGAUACUAAAAUAGCAGUAGCUGAUUUCAAAUGGUUCCAUUUGCUGUGAAAAAUGUUUGGCGUGUGAUUAUGUUUCCUCCUUGUAAUCCUGUGUUCACCAAUACUCAAAAGGCAAAGCCCAAACAUUGAAUAAAGAAGAAAGAAAGCAUCCUUUCCUUUGCCAAAA